AUGAAGAUAACGACGCAAAGAGCCGAAGACACAAAAGGAGAUGAAUAUAUCUGGAUUAAAAUGGUUUCGUUACGAGCUGACACUCAACUGGAGUACCAAGGCCUCAUAGAAAACCAAGAACCAACGCUGGUGCAGAACUUCUGGCGUGUAUCUGUUGGUAAGCGCAUAAAUAGUGUGGGAGAGCCAGAUUCAGCACGAAUGGGAUACCACGGCCUCACAGAAUACCGGCGUGAAACAUCCCACAGCGUUGUGUUUCGCCGUGGUAAGGCGAAGGCGUUCUUUCUCCUGGUCCAGGCCGAGGCCGCGGUUCCUUUUUGCGCUUGCCCCACUACCCCAGGCACCCCAGCUGAUCUCAAGAUAAGUAAGUUGUCUGCGAAACAUGGAGAUGGUGGAGGCAAACCCCCAUCAAAAUGGAAGACCAAGAAGAUCAUCACGCCGCUAGCCUGUAGGGACACGGGGGCAACAAACGUUGAGCUGCUUGGAGAAGGAGAAGCAUCCCACGGCUAUCCGAGUAAUCCCGGAAGUACGGUCAAGACUCCUACCAGCACCUUACUGAAAAACAAUCCUUCCCCCGAGUCUCCUUCAACUCCUACUCUUGCGAAUAUCCACUCAAGCCAGUCAAUUAAGGCAAGAAUGAGGUAG